CUCCACGAAACCCACCUCAUUCCCAUUCGCUGCUGGGAAUUCGCUUUCCUUUCUCAGAAGAAAGAAAGAAAAAAAAGGGGGAAAAUCCAAGCCAGGGAUAUCCUCCAGAAACCCUAACCCUAGCUCUUCAUCUAGGGCUUGAAAUCUCUAUCAGCCGCGCUGAAAUCUCUCCUCCAAGAGGAUUUUCGUAUUCGAUUGGGUGCCUGGAUUGACGAGAAAUCCUUCCUCAUCUCAGAUCGUUUCAAAGCUCUCCGAUCGUUCGAUACAUCGGAUUUCGUCCCGGAGAAUCCGAUCUGCAAGCUCGGUUCGUAUCGGUUCGCUAAGCGAUCUUCCGAUGCUCGACGGCAUAUAGGAUUCGAUUUCUCAUCAAGAGGCCUUGUCUUCAUCGGGUUGUGGAAUUCGGAUACUGAAAGGCUGUGAUUUUCUCAUCAGGGGCUUCAUCUUCGUCAGAUCGUGGCGGAUUCCUCCUUUUUGAAGGUUUUUGAUUGAAUUGGUUUGAGAAGCAGACAUCCAAAGCACCGAUCUUGUUUGAUCUCUGAUCAAUUUGGGGCGAUUGUGCUUUCAUAGUUGAAGAAAGGAAAGGAAUUGCAAAGAAAGGAAGGGAAUUGAGAAGACGAGAAGGGAAAAAAAGGAGAUAAUUACUUGUACACAUCUAUAUUUUUUUGGCAUAAUAUCAGGCCUUUUUUUAUUUUUAUGGCCUUUUGAAUUUCUUUCUUCCGGCUCGAAUUUGGGCGAUUUUGUUUGUUCUUAGUUUGUUUUCUAUUGAGAGCAGAGCAAAAGAGAAAAAAAAGGAAAUGGCUGUAUAUUAUAAGUUUAAAAGUGCAAAAGAUUACGACUCCAUUCCUAUCGACGGUCAUUUCAUAUCCGUAGCGAAUUUGAAAGAAAAAAUAUUCGAAUCCAAGCAUUUGGGCAGGGGUACUGAUUUUGACCUCAUGGUCUCCAACGCCCAGACUAAUGAAGAAUAUCCAGAUGAAGCAAUGCUGAUUCCAAAAAAUACAUCGGUACUAGUUCGCCGGGUUCCUGGACGGCCUCGCUUGCCCAUUGUUACUGAACGAGACGAGCCAAAAGUUGUAGAGAAUAAGGUCGAAGAAGAUCCACAACGGAAGAGUAGCUUCUCUGUUGCUGAUCCAUCCGCUGUGAGAUUUCCUGAAGAGUCGGAAUGGGAUGAAUUUGGGAAUGAUUUGUAUGCUAUUCCAGAAGUGCUGCCAGUUCAGUCGGGGAAUCCAGUACAACAAGAUGCUCCCCCUCCUAACAAGGUUGAUGAGGAUAGCAAGAUCAAGGCCUUAAUUGAUACGCCUGCUCUGGAUUGGCCACGAUUGGUCUUUUGCAGGCAAAAUCAGGAAGCAUUUGGUCCUGGAAGAGGUUUUGGAAGGGGUGGGAUGGGUGGUAGGAUGAAUAUGGGACGUGGCUUUGGUCGUGGUGUUGGUGGUUUGGAACGCAAGACACCUCCGCCAGGCUAUACCUGUCACAGAUGCAAAGUGCCUGGGCACUUCAUUCAGCAUUGCCCCACGAAUGGCGAUCCUAAUUAUGAUAUUAAAAGGGUGAAACCUCCAACGGGUAUCCCAAAGUCUAUGUUGAUGGCAACUCCAGAUGGCUCCUAUGCAUUGCCAAGCGGCGCUGUUGCUGUUCUCAAACCAAAUGAGGCUGCUUUUGAGAGGGAAAUUGAGGGUUUACCUUCUACUCGGCACGUCAGCGAUCUCCCUCCAGAAUUGCGCUGUCCAUUGUGCAAAGAAGUAAUGAAAGACGCAGUCCUCACUAGCAAGUGCUGUUUCAAGAGUUUUUGUGACAAAUGUAUCCGAGACCACAUAAUUUCAAAGUCCAUUUGCAUUUGUGGAGCUACAAAUAUACUUGCAGAUGACUUGUUACCAAAUAAGACGCUUAGGGAAACUAUCAACCGCAUCUUGGAGUCAACUACCAGUAGUGCAGAAAAUGCUGGAAGUGUAUUACAUGUGCAAGAUAUGGAGUCUGCUCGGUGUCCACUGCCUAAAGCUCCAUCCCCUACUCUUUCUGCCACUGCCAAAGAGGAAACUAUGCCAGAUCAUCGUGAAGAUCAUACUCAUAAUAUAAAGGAGACUGUGAAUGAAGGUAAGGCUGCUGUCGAUGUCCCGCAGCCAUCUUUGGAGAGAAGUAGGGCCACCAAAAAUGUUGAUGUAUCCGAAGCGACACUAGAGUCAAUGAGUGUUAGGGAACCAGUAUCACAGGGGAGUGCUCCAUUGGCUGAGGAAGAAGUUCAGCAGAACCUGCCUGGUAGUGAUCCAGGGAAGAAGAAGAAAAAGAAGAAAGUACGCAUUCCUGCUAAUGCUGCUGACUUGCAAUGGAGAACCCCUCAAGAUCUUGGUGGUGAAAACCAUGCAAUGCAUUUUGGCCCUUCGGCCUACAACCCAUAUUGGCCUGGCAUGCAAUGGGGAAUGGAUGGAUAUAUGGCGCCUCUUCCUGGUCCUAUGCCUUAUAUGGGUUAUACACCAGGUCCAUUCGAGGUUCCCUUCGGGGGGGUCUUACCUCAAGAUCCCUUUGGAGGACAAGGUUACAUGAUGCCGGUCGUUCCUCCUCAAAGGGAUUUGUCAGAGUUGGGUACUAUCAGCUCAAACCCAUUAGCCCCUGUUAUGACAAGAGAAGAGUUUGAGGCCCGUAAGGCUGAUUUGAGGAGAAAGCGGGAGAUGGAACGACGCAGUGAAAGGGACUGCUCCAAGGAUAGGGAAUGCAGCAGGGAAAUGAGCAGCACUGCUGAGAUUUCUUCAAUGAAAUCCAAACAUAGGAUGAUGUCCCAAGCAGCCAGCGUUGACAGGCCGAGGAGGGAGCCGAGCUUGGAUCGACCACCCCGCGAUGCUAGCAAGCGAAAGUCUGACCAUGAAGAAGUCGCCGCUGAUGCUAAAGCUGCUGACCGCAGGCAAAAGGGGAGUGUUUUCUCACGUAUCAGCUUCCCAGACUCCGGGGCCAGUGAUGGCAACAAGAAGAGGAAGCUGUCGGAGGCUCCAAACGGCCUCAAGAGCCACCACGAGACUACCCACCGGCCAUCAUCAAAUGGGUACCGGGAGGACUGGAAGCCUGUGAAGGGCGGGUCAAGUGGAGGAGGGCGGAGGGGCAGCUUACAUGACCACGACUCGAGUGACGAAGACUAUCACUUCAAGAGGAAGAGGCCGCCAUCGGUGUCACGGCAUGAGGCAGCCGAGUGGGAGGAGGAUGCCCGGCCUUCAAGAGGGUCGAGGGAGCGAGAGCGCAGUGCGAGGGAGCAUGAACGGGAGUGGGAAUACGAGCGUGAAAGGCCGAGUAAGCAGCACCGACGACCGAAGCUUGAAAGCGAUUUUGUGGAUUAAGAUCAUAAUCUCGGCCUUUUAUGGAGUAAGCUUGAGAGAGAGAGUGAGAGAGAGAGAGAGAGAGAAGAAGAAGAAGAAGAAGAAGAAGAAGAAGAAGUGUCUAUAUAGAAAGAAAGAAGCUGGGGGGAUGGUAAAGUCGGGAUGACGUUUUCAGCGUGCAUUGUAUAUGACAACACCGUCAUUAUAAUAAUCAAAACAUCUUUCAGCUCU